AUGGGAUACAGCUUUUGUCAAAUUUGACUUUUCGUAGCAGGUUAGGAGAAUUUACACAGCAUGUUAGGAUAAUUAACGUAGCACGUUAGGAGAGUUAGGUUAAAAUGUGGAAAAAGGUCAGAGUUAACUAAAAUGCCAAAAUAAAUACACUUUUGACAAAAGCUGUAGCCCUUCUAGCCAUGACCACUUACUGGGUGAAAGGUGAUGAGAAGCGCUGCAUACACCAAGAGCGGAGCAACAACAGAAAACUACCGCAAGCGCCUUCCUCUACAGUCUAGUCUAGAAAAUAGCCGCUACAUUAUUUUUUAUUUUGAAUGGACGAGCGAAAACAACUUUUCUCAUAUCGCAAUUAGCAGAAUAUCGCAAAAAUACUAAGGUGACAACAUGGCUAACCAGGUGUUUUGGUGCUGUAGGUGACAUGACCAACCAGGUGUCAGAGUUCCCCACUGAGCGGACGUUCCAGUACCAGCAUAGCCUGCCUCCUCUCCCUGUACCGUCUCUAGAGGCGAGCCUUGCCAAGUACCUGGAUGCAGUGCGGCCGUUUGCUACGGAGGAGGAGUACCAGGUGACUGCGGCCGUAGUGAAGAGGUUUGGAGAGGGCAUCGGCAAAGACCUGCACCAAAAACUACUGCAGAGAGCCAGGACACGCAGGAACUGGUUGGAGGAGUGGUGGUUGAAUGCAGCCUAUCUGGAAUUGCGUUACCCCUCCCAGUUGAAUGUGAACUUCGGAGGUCCUGCACCCUACCUAGAGCACUGCUGGCCCCCUACAGAGGGAGUACAGCUACAGAGGAAUAGCAUAAGCAUGUGGCACACUCUACAGUACUGGGACCUGCUUCGCACGGAGAGGCUGGACCCUCAUAAAGCUGGUAAUGUGGUGUUGGAUAUGGACCAGUUCAGAAUGCUGUUCUGUACAUGUAAAGUUCCUGGAGUCACCAAGGAUACCAUCAUCAACUACUUUAAGACAGAGAGCGAGGGUCCAUGCCCCUCCCAUGUGGUGGUGAUGUGUAAGGGACGUUUCUUCUCGUUUGAUGCAGUGUGUGAUGGACACAUUCUUACCCCUCCAGAGCUGCUCAGGCAGCUGACCCAUGUGAAGCAGUGUUGUGAGGGGGAGCCAGCGGGAGAUGGUGUUGCUGCUCUCACCUCAGAGGAGAGGACACGCUGGGCUAAGGCCAGGGAGUAUCUGAUAGGUAUAGAUCCAGCCAAUAAGACCAUCUUAGAGACCAUCCAGAGCAGUCUGUUUGUGGUCUCACUGGACGAUGCUAAACCCUACGCUACUGCAGAGAACUACACACCGGUGACCCGGGAAGCGCUGACAGGAGACCCCACCAUCCGCUGGGGAGACAAGUCCUACAACUCCAUCUCCUUCGCUGACGGAACCUUCGGAUCCAAUUGUGACCAUGCCCCAUACGAUGCCAUGGUGCUGGUAACUCAGGGUUACUAUGUGGAUCAGCAGCUCAAAGCUACAGACGGCAAGUGGAAGGGCUCUGAGACAGUGCGGCCUAUGCCUCUUCCUGAAGAGUUGGUCUUCACUGUGGAUGACAGAGUCAGGAGUGACGUUGCACAUGCCAAGCAACAGUACUUCGAGACUACUCAGGACUUGCAGGUGGUGUGUUAUGCGUUCACCUCGUUUGGGAAAGCAGCCAUCAAACAGAGGAAGCUCCACCCAGACACCUUCAUACAACUGGCCCUUCAACUGGCUUAUUACAGACAGCAUGGGAGGUUAGGUAGUUGCUAUGAGACAGCGAUGACCAGAAGGUUCUACCACGGCAGGACUGAGACCAUGAGGCCCUGUACCCUGGAGGCACAGAACUGGUGCCAUACCAUGCUCCUCCCUGCAGCUAGCGCUGAGGCUAAGAGGAAAGCCCUGCUGCUGGCCUUCAACAAGCACAACAAACUGAUGGCUGAGGCACAGAACGGAAAAGGUUUUGACAGACAUCUCCUGGGCCUGUACCUGAUCGCCAAGGAGGAGGGACUUCCUAUGCCAGACCUUUUCACUGAUCCACUGUAUUCCAAGAGUGGCGGGGGCGGUAACUUUACCCUGUCCACCAGUCUGGUUGGCUACACCACAGUCCUGGGAGCGGUUGCUCCCAUGGUGCACCAUGGCUACGGGUUCUUCUACCGCAUCGGAGACGACAGGAUCGUGGCUUCCUGUACGGCGUGGAAGUCCAGUCCAGAGACGGAUGCAGAGACACUGUUCCAGAACCUGGUUACCUCCCUACAUGAGAUGCUACAUCUCGCUACCACAGCUCAGCUCUAACACACACACACACACACACACACACACACACACACACACACACACACACACACACACACACACAGUUUGAAGAUGGUAGUCAAUAAUAGUUUAGUUCUGCACAGAUCAAUGCAAAGGCACAUUUAUUGUUUUCUACAUUUAAAAAGAGAUGUAUUAUUUGUUUAAAUGCAGCUCAACAAAUGCAGCUCAACAAUUUUGCACUUAGUGAAUCAUUCUCUGUGAUUUUAUGUAGCAUCUAGAUUGGGGAUUCCCUGUUUUCAAAAUGUAUAGAUUGAACUUCCUACCACAAUUCUGUUUAGAUUUAGUCUGUUGUUUUUAUGUUGUGAGAAACAUUUAGUGUUAACCCAUGUCAUGCAUUGUACAGCGCUAAGCUAACACACACAUCCUAACUCGCCCUCACCAUAACACUUCCAGCCUGCAGUGACCAGCGUAGCAUCGCGUCACCUGUCCCUGGUCAUUAGUGAUUCAUGAAUAGUAUUCUUUUUCUAUAUUGGUUGGCUUUUCCAGAAGAGUGACUGAGGCAUAGAUGUUCUUGAUUGGUUGAAAUUACUCUUUUAGAACGUAACUGUCGUCGUAGCUGUGAAAUUGAGAAACAGAGAGAAACGGGUCAUGUUGUCUUUGACUACUGUCUCACCUCAGGCCUCAUGGGUAUUAUGUAAGGGCCCUACUCAAUCAAAACUGUUUUCCAGUUUCCAGGGCAAGAAAAAGUAUUGUUUUUAUGUUUUGCACAUCACUCGAGGAUUAUGCAUUUGGCUGGAUAUGAUCAAUGAAACGGUGUUUGGGUGAGACGGAAAGAUACCCAAGUAAAUUCAAAUGUGCCUUUUUGCUGUGUCCUUAUUUUCGUCUGUCCCCAGAGAUCUGGAUAGUGGUUUUGAUUGAUCCUAAAUCAUCCUAAAUGAUAGGAAAGUGAUAAAAGACGAGCGCUGCAUUUGAUUCAAUCAACAGAAUGAAAAUAAGCUGUUUUAAUGCCUAAAGUAGUGAAAAUGAUGUAACCUACUUUACAGUAGGAAAAUUAUAGUAUUGACUUACUGACAAUGUAAACUUGGAAAAUGUUUCAUUGAAUAUGAAAGUUGUUUGGUGUGAUUGAACUGACAAAUCAAAGUGAAUGAAUCAUGUCAUGAGCCCAAAUAUUCAAAUAAAACAUCUUUAUUAAUGA